AUGAAAAACGUCCCAAUUAGAGUCGAUGGCAGAUUCAGGCUGGGAGACAUGUUAGGAUCUGGCUCGUAUGGUGUUGUAUACCAUGCAUGGAAUAUUAUUAACGAUGAUGAAUUUGCCGUCAAACUUGAGCCUCUUAUCAACAACUCAUCUUCCUUAGAACACAAAUACAACACUUUAAAGCAACUUCAAGGUGGAGUUGGGAUCCCGCGUGCUGGCUGGUUCGGUAGAGAAGUGACAUAUGAUGCACUGGUUCUCGACCUCCUCGGACCAUCAUUGCAUGAUAUUUUCCUCAUGCGCAAUCGAAAAUUCAACCUUUGUACCAUCCUGAAUAUUGGAGACCAACUACUCUCAUCUCUGGAGCAUAUCCACUCACAUAACUAUGUUUAUGGUGAUAUCAAGCCUCAAAAUGUCUUAAUUGGUCGCGGCGCUUCCAAGAAUAGCAUCUUUAUUGUUGAUUUUGGUGUUGCGAAGGAGUACUGGAGCUCUACAACCCAAGCCCAUAUGUCAUUUCAUCAAGUGUUUGCAUCAAUCAACAACCACCUGGGAGUCGUGCCUGGUCAUUGUGAUGAUCUCGAGUUGCUUGUAUACAUGCUGAUUUAUUUCAUCUGCGGCUCCCUUCCAUGGCUGACUAGUGACCAUGAGAAGCUCUCUAGCUCCUCCAUACUGGCAUGCAAGGUGGACACCACCAUUGAAGUUUUGUGCCUCGGAAUUCCUUCCGAGAUCACAACUAUGCUCAUUUACUCCCGCAAUCUCGCAUUCUCAGAGGAUCCCGAUUACACUUAUCUUCGAUCUUUGCUCCAUGAUGAGGCACCUUCAUAUUUCAUCUACAAAUCGACAAUCCAGGGACCUUCUACCAACAUGCCAUUGAAAUUUUUGGUGUGCUGCAUGUCCAGGGACCAGGGCACUGCACAAGGGCUGGUCCAAGCCGCGCAGCAGACGACAGCAAGUUCAACGUUGUUGACAACAUCUGGGAGGAAGAUGAGGAUGACCUACUAA